AUGGCGGCGUACACAGCGACAAACGAACACGAACUCAUAGCGCUGGUGACCCAGAUCGACGAGGAUCUGCGGUCACGUGACUCCGAGCUGGACGCAGCGACGCUCAAUAUUCGCCGACUGACCCGGCUCGACAACUUCCGGGCCAACCUGGCGACGCUGGAAUCGUCUCAAUUGGCGUUCAAAUUGGGCGAGGCGGCCCAGCUGGGGACCAGCAUCAGUCAGCGUGUACGGUCACGUGAUGUAGAAAAGGAGCGGCUGCUCGAGAACCACGUGCACGUGACCCAGACGCUCAAGCUGAAGCGGGAUCUAGAGGCCAUUCAUCGGGCCAUGGAUCAACGCAGCUGGGAGUCGGCGGCCGCACUGGUCAACAGCUGCUUGACAGAGAUACCCUCAGAGGUCAUCGAGGGUGGGCUAUCACGUGACAAGGUCCCUUCCGGCGAGCAUCCGCAGCCUCCGCGACAACAAUUGGAUGAAAUCUGCGAGUCUCUGGGCAAAUUGUUUCUUCGAGAGUUCGACAAGGCAAUCCAGUCACGUGAUGUGCAUGAGCUGACGCGAUAUUUCAAGCUGUUUCCUCUUGUGGAUCGCACCGAGCUUGGGUUAUCAACCUAUGCUUCUUUUGUCUGUUCUAUCAUCACUGAGGAGAGUCGUAAGUUGCUUCAGGGCGCUCCUGCCACACCUCCAUCGGCCUUCUAUGGGCUUAUCACGUCCAGGCUGUUUGAAAACGUGGCUACAAUCGUUGUUCAGCAUGGAAAAGUGGUGGACAAGCAUUAUGGCAAGGGCCACAUGUUGCUGGUGAUUCAGAACAUUCAAAAGGAGGCCGAUGUGCAGGCCGGAAUCAUUGUGGAUACGUGGUUUGAUGAGAGGAGGGUUGAGAAGAUGGUGGAAAUGGGCGAUUAUGACGACCUGAAACACGUGUCGGACUUGUUGGCAGAAUGUGGCAUGAUUCUCAACCGGUGGGCGUUGUAUAGAAAGUUUCUUGCCGGUUUUGAAGGCGGAGACAAAGUGACGGAAAAGAGCAUGUUUCAGCAAAAGAUUGACUCCCGUGUUUUGCCCGUGUUCGCGGAACUCACAAGAGCCUUCUUCCAGGCGUCCAUCCAGAAGGCGGUGGAACUGGAAGUCGUCAAUGAAGACACCCACGUGACUUCUCUGGUGGAGGACACAAUGUACAUUCUCAAAACCGUCCUGGGACACAUUGUGGGCACCGGAGUGGAGAGUCACGUGAGCAGUCAGCUAACAAUGCUGCGCAAAGUGCUGGAUUCGGCCUAUAUAAGCCAUUUCCAGACCCGCAUUCGGGAGUAUGCUCCCAAACAGCUGGCGGGAGUGACUGCAGCAACCACCCAGUCCACAUUAUCAGGCUUACCUCCCAGUGAAGAGAAACGGGUGAAGCUGUUUUGCCUGUAUAUUAACAGUGGAGGUAGCAGUUGUGAUUACGUGAACAAGAUUGUUGAUCACGUGAAUCUGACUGUCUAUUCGGACAAGUCGCAUGUUGAGAGUGCGCUGUCUUCUUUCUCCACCGGAGUUUCAGCCAAGUUGGAGGAUUUGGUGGCCCAAUCUGUGCAGCUUCUUUACUCCAAUAUUUUCUCGCCCCAUUUGCGAUCUCUAGUGACUGUGUCGUUUCGGAACACGGUUUAUCUGGCUUCUUCCGAUGACACCUCUUCGGCGUGUGCUUACUUGUUCAAUAAUGGGUGGACAAAGCUGCUGGCAGGGUGGUCAGACGAGUUGUCGUUUGGCUACGACCGGUUGGUGAGUCUCAUGGUGACCAGUCUGGCGAAACUGCUGGAGAAGAAGAUCUGGGGGCUCAAUGUUAAUGAAAUGGGAGCCAUUGCCCUGGACAGAGACGUGAGCAAGAUUAUAAGCCACGUGACUAGCAACCGCUACAAAUUGCGCGACAAGUUUGUGCGUGUGGCCCAGCUGGUGACUUUGGUGGGUUUGGAUGAUGAGGAGGAGGAGGAGGGCAUUGAGUGGGUGUUGACGGAGUCGGAGGUGGAGAGGGGAAGGAGGGUUCGGGUGGAAAGGAGGGAGUGA